AUGCCAUACACUGCGCCAUUGAAGUUGCUCGCCGCGCAGCACAUUGAAUACACAAAACCAACCGAAGAGCCUUGUGAGAGGCCCGGUUCGGUUCGCUCUCCGUCAGGACGGGUUCAGACUUCCCGCUCCUAUUCCUCUACCUCAUAUACCCGCCGUCAUCGGAGGAGUCCUUCGAACACAAAAUCGACAGUGCAUUCCACCCCAGAAUCCCCGGCCUGGGCCUCCCCCUCCAUCGAUCCACAUGCCAGUCUCCGUCAAUCUCCACCGCCGAUAAGCAAUGCUAUCAUCCCUCCCGGGGCGGUAAUCUCGCCUCCCGAGUCUGCCGUGAACUCGAGUGAUGAGGAAUCACCAUACCGGAGUGGUGAGGGUGUCAAGUUUGACGAGCUGGAGGCGGCCGUUCGUUCAAUUAAAUUGAGGAGGGAGAGUUCACCGGAAAGAAUGGGUUCAGACACAGAAACGUCGGCUCGGCCCUCAUCGAGUGCGCCGUCGACUGAGGCAAAGCCCACUCGCCCCAAGCUCCCCCACCUACCACUGUCCAAAGAAGCUCGCAAGAUCAGUCACUCCCGAUCGUCUACCGAAACCGCCAUCGGCAUGACUCGGGAACACGCACUGACUAGCUCGCCCGAAGACAGUGACGUGGAGAUGUCAUGCAAGCCCGCUAUGGUCCGUAAGAAGUCAGGUGAGCUUGUUCGACCCGCUCUUCGUCCUUCCUCGGCACGGCGACGACCAUCCAGCAUGCCUGGUACCCCCGUCUAUUCCAAGGCGGUGCACUUCGACUCCCACUUGGAGCACAUUCGUCACUUCCUCCAGCUAGAUAAGCCAUUGGCUGUCAGCACAGAAACAUCACCAGUUGAAAACCACGAUGGCAAGGUCGAAUUCCCCUUUGGCUCUGACUCGCGCGGUCCGUCGUGGGAGUGGGAGAUCAAGCUUGCCAAUUGGCCUAAAGAUAUCUCAUCACGUGCCACUCGUCCAGUCCGCCUCGAGCGAUUGUUUUUGUCGGCUGAUAAGAGCACUUUGAUCGGCACUGUGGCAGUGGCCAAUAUUGCGUUCCACAAGAAUGUGACUGCUCGUUUCACACUGGAUUAUUGGAGGACCACCUCGGAGGUUGCAGCGGCUUACUGCCAUGACGUUCGCCGCCAGCAAGCUGCCGACGGAUAUGAUCGCUUUUCAUUCGACCUCAAGCUGAAUGAUCAGGCCAAUCUGGAGACCAAGACCAUGAUCAUGUGCAUCCGCUAUAACGUGAAUGGACAGGAAUAUUGGGAUAACAAUGAUUCGGUGAACUAUCAGAUUGAUUUCCACAAAGUGCCCAAGGCCGCCACGAGCAAGCCUGCAAGUGGCGGAUCUCGCCCUGCUCUUCCCCGCAGCCGAUCCUUCACCAGCACUCAUACUCUCCGACCGCACUCCAUGCCGCCCACCUAUGAUUUCCCCGACCUUAGCGAUAAAUCAUUCUCGAAACCUCUCAAUGGUGCCAAUGGUGCGCCGCUGACUCGUACGCCCUCUGAUGAGAUCGAUACGGUCGCGCCGCCUAAACGCCGCGAAAACUCCAACCGCCAGGCAUUUGGAAACCGGUACGACUUCGGAGCGUCAUUGUCUGCUGCUAUGCGGUCGAAGGCGCCUCUGGAUCGGACCGCUCUGACUACCCGUGCGAAAUCUGGGGAGCCUGUGGUGGCGGAGAGUCCCAAGCCGACCAGGAAAACUCCUACUUUUGAGCAGGGCCAUGAUUCUGCAGUGAGCGAUAACUUCCGCGUAGAAGGUCGUGUGGCAGAUCUGAAACCUUCCUCUCUGGUAUCUAGCAAGCCCCAGCUCGAGUCCUCCGUGUAUCAGGAGUUGGUCGAUAAGUACUGCUUUUAUGGGUCUCCGCAAGGAUCGAACCUUAAGGCACACGCAUCGAUCUCGAGCGGUCGUGAAGGCGAGGCUCCAAGGCAUAUCUCUGCCCCAGCCUGCCCUUCACCCCCGCUAUCUCCUCGGUCUCCUGCUCCUCUCGCUGCUCCUGUGGUCGAGGCACCUCGUGCUACUGCUAGCCCACGCACCUCGCCGCGGCCCUCAUCCGCCAUGUCUUUUCGCUAUUCUUUCAACCGUGGUUUCAUGAAUGAACCUCACUCUCCAACCGUCAUUAGAGGGUGA